AUGAAUAUCUCCCCCUUUGUCCCACGGCUUGCCAAAAUCCUGCCCCUCGACUCCGACUCCCUAAGCCAGAUUCUCACCUACGCCGCCGACCUUUCCAAGGAAGAAGCCGCCGACCACCUCAAAAAUCUCCUAGGCGACUCUCCCGCUGCAUUCGAAUUCAUAUCAGCGUUUAACUCGCACAGGGACGAGCGUCAACAACAAUCUACCACAGCGUCGCAUCCCUCGCCGUCUCAGACACCAAGCCCCGGAGCAGGCUCUACAAGGAAAAAUAAGAAGAGCAAACCACCGCUGCAUAGCGCGGGACCUCCACGGAGGCCUGAGAAUUUCGGGAAUGUUGCUGGGGGUUACAAGAAAGCAGAUUUGGAUGAGGAUUAUAUGUCUUCGAGGAGCCGGACGCUGGAUGUUGGACCGAGCUCGAGUUUGAAGAUACCUUCGCACCAGGGAUCUGCAACAUCGUCAAGAAAUCAAUCGCCCACUGGUGGAGGAGGUGGGGGAUCGAAAGCCCCGCCCUCUGCUGCCGGGCCAGUAUUAUCAGAUCUUCUUCCAAAUGUGAAGUCCAAGGCGGCAAAGCCUUCGAGGGCUGGAGGAGGCGGAGGUUCUGGGACGGCGACGCCGAAAGGAUCCCUGACUACGAACAACAUUUCAGAUCUAACGGCCGCGAUUGCUGCGCUGGAAGUAUCUACGAACCCGAAGCUAGGUGGUGAGAAGAGGAAAUGUACAUGCUACGGGACCCUACAUCCGGUAUUCGAUGCGGCGCCGAACUGCUUGAGCUGUGGGAAGAUAAUCUGCUCGCUGGAGGGGCUGCAGCCAUGUUCGUUCUGCGGGACACCGUUGUUGUCUAACGAUGAGAUUCAAAGUAUGAUUCGUGAGUUGCGGGCGGAACGGGGGCAAGAGAAAAUGCGCGCGCAUAACGAUAGCCUUCACCAUGAGGGCGGCCCUGGAGUGACUACUUCCAGCCCAUCGCAGUCGUCUAGUAAGUUGGAUGCUGCGAGAGCGCACAGGGACAAGCUUUUGCAGUUUCAAGCGCAGAAUGCAAAGAGAACGCGCGUGGUCGAUGAGGCCGCCGACUUUGAUACACCUAACGUUUCCUCUACGAUGUGGAUGACACCGUCACAGCGAGCGCUGGCGCUCAAGAAGCAGCAACGAAUUAUGCGCGAGAUGGAGGAGAAAGCACGACCGGAGUGGGAGAAGAAGAAGGCGAUUAUGAGUUUGGAUAUCAAGGGCGGUCGUGUUAGAAAGGUGUAUCAGACCGCACCAACUGAAACUACUUCCGCCGCAGCGGAGGACGAGGAGACAGAGGAUCUCUCCUACGAUGUUGGCCGCCAACGAAGCGGCGGUGAGGCAUUUAGUCGCAAUCCUCUGCUUGCGGCUGGUGGCCUGAUGCGACCUGUUUGGAAAGCGCCUGAAGAGAAGAAGGGAGAGCCUAAAGAGCGACAGCAGACGUGGCGAAGAGUUCAAGAUGACAGAGAUGAUAACGAGCAGUGGAUUUUAGACGGAGGUUUGCACGGUUAUACAGAAUCAACAUCGGAGACGUAG